UUUCGGAAAACAAUCAGGCGUGUUUUCGUAGACGAGACUCACUUCAUUUAUUUUGCUGGUACUCCACGGUACAACGUUCCCGCAUUCCGACCAUCCUGGGGUCGCUUGAAUGAGAUAAAAAUACUCCUUCCCUCCAUUCCUUGGCAGGUAUUAACAGCGACGUCGCCACCUCAUGUUCUCUCGGCCAUUGAGACUGCUGUCCUGAAGCCCAACGAUGAGCUCAUUCGUAUCACAAGCAACCGGCCGAAU